GGACAUGCACACAUUGAAGAUGCACACACCCUUCUUUUACAAUCAUUCUUGGGCUGAUGAAUCAUGGCAUCGUUUUUCCCCACCAUGGAAACAACUUUGAACUACACAGAUUACAUAGAUUCUGAACAGAUGGCCUGUAACAUGAACAUUGUAUGGAAUUUCAGCAGAGUGUUCCUCCCUACCCUCUACAGCAUCGUCUUCAUCGUGGGCUUCGUCGGCAAUGCUCUGGUGUUGUGUGUCCUGGUCAAGUACCACAAAAGGUCAAAGGUGACAGAUGUGUGUCUCUUCAACCUGGCCCUUUCAGACCUUCUCUUCCUAAUCUCACUGCCUUUCUGGGCUCAUUACGCUGCCGUCUCUGAGUGGAUCUUCGGGAGCUUCAUGUGCCAUGCGGUAACAGCGCUCUACAUGCUGGGAUUCUAUGGAAGUAUCUUCUUCAUGAUCCUCAUGACCAUAGACCGCUACACCAUUAUUGUCCAUGCCCAUACUUCCCUCUUCUCCAAGUACCGGUCAGUCAGAGCUAGCAUAGUGCUGAUUUUGUUUACAUGGGCACUUAACUUGGGAGCUUCACUUCCUAACAUCAGUUUCUCCCAAGUAAAGAAUGACACGAAUGGAUGGACAUGUGGAGUGGAGUAUCCAGGAAUAGAGUGGAUGUCAUUCUCUUACAUUGAGAUGAACGUCCUCGGCUUGAUUAUUCCUCUCUCUGUGAUGGUGUUCUGCUACUCGCGUAUCGUUCCCAUUUUAAUGACCAUGAAAUCUCAGAAGAAACACAAAGCUGUGAGGCUCAUCCUGGUCUUGGUCAUUGUUUUCUUCCUCUUCUGGACGCCCUACAACAUCGUCCUCUUCAUGAAGGUUCUGCAUCGCUUGGGCUACAUGAACACGUGUCAGUGGGAGCAGGAUCUGAACAUGGCUACACAGUGGGUGGAAACCAUAGCGUUCAGUCACUGCUGCCUCAACCCCAUCAUCUACGCCUUUGUGGGGCAGAAAUUCAGGAAUUUAGUUCUGAAGCUACUGAAAGAGUGGUUUCCUCUUUGCUUUGUCGCUGUAUAACAAUUCAAAUUGAAUUCUCAGAGAGAAGGUGCUCACACUCAUCAGUGAUUUCCAGGACAAAACAUGCAUUAAAGAAACCAUCAU